CCAGCGUCUCCUCUUGUGCCCUUCCCUCUCUUCCCCGAACCCUACUGGCAGGACAAUCAGGCGAUUCCACUGGUGAUGCUGCGAUCUAACUUUACCUCCGUCACCAGGAGACCAAAUUUUUCUUUCCUGCUGCCUCUCCUUCAGUUUUCUUCGAUACCCAUCUCUCCAUCGUCUCCUCCAACCAACCAGGACGUUGCCCAACUCAUCCUCGACCAGAAGUCAGCCUCUCAGGCACUCCACACCUUCAGAUGGGCAUCCAGAAUCCCCACUUUCCUCCACAACCAGACCACGUACAAGGCCAUCAUCCACAAGCUCUGCCUCUUACGGAAGUUCGAGGCCGCUGGCCGCCUGCUCUCGGAGAUUCCCCAUGUCCUUAACUCCCCUCCUGAUGAAGAAAUCUUUGUGAGGAUGAUCAGAGACUAUGGUCAGUUUAAAAUGUCUCAGGAAGCAAUAAAGGUGUUAGAUUUGGUAGGCCAAUUCAGCAUUAGGCCUUCUUUGAAGAUCUGUAACUCAAUUCUCAAUAUUCUCGUCAAGGAUGACAUUGAUUUGGCCCGGGAGUUUUUCAGGAAUAGAAUGGUUAAGUGUGGGGUGUUGCCUGAUGAAUACACGUUCGGGAUUCUGAUGAAGGGCCUCUGUGUCACGAACAGGAUUGGAGAUGGCUUUAAGCUUCUGCAGUUCAUGAAGAAGAAUGGGUUUGAGCCCAACACUGUCAUUUAUAACACUUUGAUCUAUGCUCUAUGCAAGAACGGGAAGGUGGGCAGAGGGAGGAGUUUGUUGAGAGAGAUGGCAGAGCCUAGCGAUGUUACUUUCAACAUUUUGAUAUCUGGGUAUUGCAGAGAUGGCGACCCUGUGCAGGCUAUGGUUCUCUUUGGGAAGAGUUUGUCGCACGGUUUCGUUCCCGACGUUAUUACGGUGACGAAAUUGGUAGAAUGCUUCUGUGAUAAUGGGAGAGUGAGGGAAGCGGUCGAGGUGUCGCAGAGGGCAGAGGAGAAGGGAGUGGUGGUUGACACAGUGACUUACAACACAUUGAUUAAUGGGUUUUGCAGAAACGGGGAAGUUGAGGUUGCGGAAGGUUAUUUGAAGGAGAUGGCUCUCAAAGGGUGUCUCCCAAAUCUGAGUACUUUCAAUCUAUUGAUUGAAGGAUAUUGCAAGGCACAGAAGUUGGAGAUGGCUUUAGAUCUGUUUCAUGACUUGAGAACAGAAGGGACCAUGCCUAAUUGGUGUACUUAUGACAAACUGGUCAGGGGAUUGUGUGAGGGAGGUAGAAUUGAAAAAGCUCUUGAAGUUCUGAAUCUGAUGGAAGAGAACAAGGGAGUUGGAGAAAAUCAGAAAAAUGUGUACAAUACUUUUAUAUAUGGACUGUACAAGGAAAAUAGAAUAGAGGAAGCGCAUAAGUUUCUCCACAGGAUGAAAGCUUGGUACCCUAGAGUUGUUGAUCAGACACUGAGGAUCUUGAAGUUGUGCAGAGAACGCAAAAGUGGCGAAGCAAAAAACAUUCUUGAUCAAAUGCUUGGUGAAGGGGAUAUGCCCUGUGUAAUUGUUUAUAGUUGUUUGGUUGAUGGUUUUUGCAGAGAAGGGAACGUGAGGAAGGCACUUGGGAUGGUAAAUGCAAUGAUGAUGAAUUCGUAUUUUCCAAAUAUUUCUACAUUCAAUUCUUUGAUUGGCGGUUUCUGUAAGCACGGAGAGACAGAAAGUGCAGUAAGAUUCAUAGAGCAGAUGGAUGGAAAGGGAUACUCUCCUGAUACAGGAAGUUACAAUCAUCUGAUUGAAUCAUUCUUAAGAAGUGGAAAAUUUGAGAGAGCAUCUGAAGUUCUAAGGCAGAUGGUGGAAAGACAUAUCAUUCCUGACUAUUGUACAUGGAACUCUCUGCUGCUUUACUUUGAAAAAAUUAAUGUAACUGUGAAAAAGAGCCAUUCUGCACAUGCGGCCGAGUUAUGGGACCAGAUUGUAUCGGUUGAUCAUAGCACCUAUGAGCUCGACCAGAGACCAAAGGAUUGUAUACGUUUUAAAAAAACACACUUAUCAACCGUUAAUUAACAAGAGGAACAGUUUAUUAUUC